AUGAAGUGGUCAUUAUUUCUUAGCAUCUUAUAUGAUAUUCACCAAUUCAAUGAGUAUUUCAUCCAAACCUAUGAUGCCACUGGUGCUCUUGAAUUAUUCGGUGUACAGAAGAUGACUGUUGCACUUCGGAUCCUGCAAUACAGCGUACCUGUUGAUGCUGUAGACAAGUACAUCAGAAUCGGCGAAACUAUUGCAAUUGUCGCCUUGAAUUUCUUUACCAAAAUGAUUGUUGCUAUCUAUGAAGGGCGUGCCCUUUCUACCACCUAUACCAUUAAUAAUCAUGCAUACACCAUGGGAUAUUAUCUUACUGAUGGUAUCUACCCUCGUUGGGCAAUGAUUGUGAAAACAAUAUCUCAACCUCAAGGUUUAAAGAGACAACUAUUUGCGCGGAUGCACGAGGCAUGUCAGAAGGAUGUCGAAAGGUCAUUAGAAGUGCUCCAAGUACAUUUUAAUAUUGUUAGAGUUCUGACGAGAGGUUGGAGUGAUAAGGAUCUGUACUACAUCAUGAAAAUGUGCAUUAUUUUUCACAACAUGAUCAUUGAAGACGUGCGUAAUAUUCCAGAAAAUGAAUGCAGUGCAACACUACUGCAAACUGAUACCACUAAUACCCUAUGUCAAAUGUCAUGCGAUCCAAAUCAGGAGUAUGAGGAAUUUAUGUUGAAUUGCUAG